GCGCUGCUAUGGCGUUUCUCGUACCCGCGGCUCCUCCUCAUACGCUCGAGGCGGAGGGAAGGAGGGGUGAGAGGAGGAGGCAAACGGGCGGCCGCCGCAGCUGCAGACCCGGGGCCCGCGGAGCAGGAGGAGCGCGAGCCGACUCCCGCAGUCGCGGGGCCGCUCCGAGUCCUCUCCGGGCUUGAGGGCACGCGGGGCGCCCCGGCCAUGCCCCGCAGCUGCCGCUGAGCCAGGCUUCGGCCCCCUCUCCGGUCUGCUCCAGCCGCCGCGCCCCCCGGCGCCUCCCGCGCGCCUAUUCCGCGAGUGCGAGCAGCGGCGGCAGCCGAGGCGCUCUAGUGCCAUUGGCAGCGGCGGGGGAGAUGGACCCGGUGCCCUUGCUGGGCUGCAGCCUCAAGGAUGUGAAGUGGAGCUCGGUGGCCGUGCCGCUCGACCUGCUGGUCAGCACCUACCGGCUGCCCCAGAUAGCGCGGCUGGACAGCGGAGAAUGCAUAGAAGGACUGCGGGAGAAUGAUUACCUUCUGAUUCAUUCAUGUCGUCAGUGGACCACCAUCACUGCCCAUAGUCUGGAAGAGGGCCACUAUGUCAUUGGGCCAAAGAUAGAGAUCCCUGUUCAUUAUGCAGGGCAGUUCAAGCUGCUGGAACAAGACCGCGAUAUAAAGGAGCCUGUGCAAUAUUUCAACAGUGUAGAGGAGGUGGCAAAGGCAUUUCCUGAGCGCGUGUACGUCAUGGAGGAAAUAACAUUCAACGUGAAGGUUGCUUCUGGUGAAUGCAAUGAAGACACGGAGGUUUACAACAUAACCCUGUGCACCGGGGAUGAGCUCACCCUAAUGGGACAGGCGGAAAUCCUAUAUGCAAAGACUUUCAAGGAAAAGUCCCGGCUCAACACAAUCUUCAAAAAGAUUGGGAAACUCAAUUCGAUCAGCAAGCUGGGAAAAGGCAAAAUGCCAUGCCUCAUUUGCAUGAAUCACCGGACCAACGAAAGCAUCAGCCUUCCAUUCCAGUGCAAGGGCAGAUUUAGUACGCGGAGUCCCCUGGAGCUCCAGAUGCAGGAGGGUGAGCACACCAUCCGCAAUAUCGUGGAGAAAACCAGGCUGCCUGUGAACGUGACUGUGCCCAGCCCUCCACCCAGAAACCCGUACGACCUCCACUUUAUCCGAGAGGGCCACCGCUACAAGUUUGUGAACAUCCAGACCAAGACAGUGGUGGUUUGCUGUGUGCUGCGGAACAACAAGAUCCUCCCCAUGCACUUCCCUUUGCACUUGACUGUCCCCAAGUUCAGCCUCCCGGAACACCUGGUCAAGGGAGAGGUGUGGCCUGAAACCCUGGUCCAUCACUGGCUGGGUAUCUGCCAAGAACAGUUUGACAUUGACGAGUAUUCCCGGGCUGUCCGCGAUGUGAAAACGGACUGGAAUGAGGACUGCAAAAGCCCCAAAAAGAGCCGGUGCUCUGGCCACAACCACAUGCCCAAUUCCCUGAGCUACGCCCGCGAUGAGCUCACCCAGUCCUUCCACCGGCUCUCCGUCUGUGUAUAUGGCAACAAUCUCCAUGGUAACAGCGAGGUGAACCUCCACGGCUGCAGGGACCUGGGAGGAGAGUGGGCUCCCUUUCCUCAUGACAUCCUGCCCUAUCAGGACUCUGGUGACAGUGGGAGCGACUACCUUUUCCCGGAAGCUGGUGAAGAGUCAGCGGGCGUCCCAGGGAAGUCCGAACUUCCUUAUGAGGAACUGUGGCUGGAGGAAGGCAAGCCCAGCUGCCAGCCUCUCACCCACUCACUGAGCGAGAAGAGCAGAUGUGACCCCUUGAGAGGCUCUGUCCGCUCCAAAUGUGCAACUUCGCCUCUUCCUGUCCCUGGGACUCCGGGAGCCACAAUGAAGUCUUCAGAAAUUGCCCUACCUCCGCCUCCAGUGCCUCCCAAAUCUGAAGCUGUCAGGGAAGAAUGCCGGCUCCUGAACGCCCCACCUGUUCCACCCCGAAGCGCAAAGCCUUUGUCCACAAGUCCCUCCAUCCCUCCUCGCACAGUCAAGCCAGCGCGGCCACAGACUCGCUCUCCCAGCCCCACCUUGUCCUACUAUUCUUCAGGGCUGCACAACAUCAGCGUUACUAAAAGUGACACAAGCCCUUCUGAAAGUGCUCCGGUUUCCUGCUAUCCGUGCAACCGAGUGAAAGCCGACUCUGUGGACCUGAAGUCCCCAUGCGGAAGUCCUUCCGCGGAAGCUCUGUCCUCCCGGCUCUCGUGGCCUAACCAUUAUUCGGGAGCAUCGGAGACCCAGACCAGGAGUGACUUCCUGCUGGAUCCAAGCAGGAGUUACAGUUACCCCAGACAAAAGACACCCGGCACACCAAAGAGAAACUGCCCGGCACCUUUCGAUUUUGAUGGCUCAGAGCUCCUGAGCGGUGCCCUCACCACAGUCACUGCAGAAUCUAGUGGCGGCGCCUCAGGUUGCCCCAAGUCAGCCAGCUACUCGCUGGGGAGCACAGAGAGCGCCCCUGCGGCAAGCGUGACCAAGCAGAGUGUCUCUUGCCCUGCCUUACCGCCCAGGGCCCCAAAGCCAGUGGAACAGGAAGCGGCCGCAGAAACGUCUCCUUUGCCUCUGAGAAUUGAUGGUGCUGAGGAGGACCCCAAGGCACGGUCACCAGACCUCUCCGAGGACCAGUAUUUUGGUAAGAAGGGCGUGCAGGACAUCUUCUCUGUCUCUUACCCUUUCUCCUCUCCGCUCCACCUCCAGCUAGUCCCCAGGUCUUGUGGCGAUGGUUCCCCAUGGCAGCCACCUGCGGACCUGUCAGGACUCUCUAUAGAAGAAGUGUCCAAGUCACUACGGUUCAUUGGUUUGUCCGAAGAUGUCAUAUCCUUCUUCGUCACUGAAAAGAUUGAUGGGAAUUUGCUUGUUCAACUAACAGAAGAAAUCCUCUCAGAGGAUUUCAAAUUAAGCAAACUUCAAGUGAAGAAAAUAAGGCAAUUCAUUAAUGGCUGGAGGCCCAAAAUAUAGCCAAAUAACCCCAGCUAGCAUGGAACAAAACUGAUAAAUGUGCAUGCUAGAUGGGGUGGGCUGGGACACGAUUUCAUGUUUUUGCACUAAAACCUUCUCUGUAAAUAGGGAUAAGAGAAACUUACUAUGCAGAUUACAUUUUUGAAUGAACAGGCUCUUUUGUACAUCAAUAAAGAUGCUGUACAGAACACUUAGAGGUGUGCCUUGUACGUCACUCAACACUCAACAGCUGCUAAAGAACAAAAACAGGCAUAUGUGGAGAACUCAUUCUUACCCCAGUAGGUUUAUUUGAGAAGGUGUAAUAUUUAUUACAAAAUAGCCAAAGCUGAAAGACAUCACAAUCUUUAAAAAAAAGAAAAGAAGGGAAGAAAGAAGGCAGGAAAAGAAAAAGAUAAAACAUUUUUGAGCAAUUCUCUUCUUUGGGAGAAGUUCACAUUAGAUAAUUAACUAUACUCUGUGCUCUGUCAUUUAGAUUGCUUAAUGCUAAUUGUUUUACUCUUGUGCCUGAAAAUGUUAAUGAUAUGAAAUGACACUUUAAUGUUAUAUCCUUGGUGGGGAUCUUUUUAUUAAAAGGGGUUUUCCUAAAGUCAUUUGUUGAUAAAGGAUAUAUGAUUUCCUUAGAAGUAAUAAAAUCAUGACCACAAUAAUUGAUCUAACUGCUGCUAGAUUUUAUUGAGCAAGAAAAAAAAUGAAAUAUACAUAAGGGGGCUGUGUGUGUAUAUUUACACAAUACACACUUGUAUAUUAUGUUUUAAACAUAAUUUUGAAUCAGAUAUUUCAGAUAGUAUCUUCACUUUCAAGUAUCCAUUGAGGUUUGGGGACCGUAAACUAAGCUGAUUCUCUAAGAAACAGUGGACAGAAUGAUUCCAAAGAUUCUUAGAAACCUGAACUUGGAAGCUCAGUCUUACAAGGAUUCAUCCCUGAAACACUGGAAGGGACCAGAAAAGCAUCUGAACUGAAGACUUCUGUGUGGCUUUCAGCCCAUGAUAGGGCUGAUUUUUGCAUAUUCAUGCCGACAUCUGGAGAAAUUAGGUUGUCUUGAAUGAUAGUUCUCAGCUUCCGGGUCUUUUCCUGUAGAGUCUGAGGAGCAUGUGUUAGUGUGUGUGAGGCGUUUGUAACGUGCUUCUUGCUUUAAGAGAGCUCCUAAAUCAGACGCACUGUUCUUCUCCUGGUGGAAGUGCUCCAUUGGCUGGGUGAUUCCUAAAACAGCAAUCAGAGUACUUGUUAAUUUCAUAAGCUUUUCUUUCCUCUCUUAUAAGGAAAUUACAUCACUGCUAUACUUCUCUUGGGAGAAUUCCAGUUCUGUAUUGUGAGAAUUUUUGCUAAAUAUGGUUAAAUAUUCAAAAAAUAAUGACAUCGUUCUAUUCUUGACUUCUUGAAGGAAUAUGAACCUUAGAAAAUUCUUAGUUCUCUGAACAAGGCAUCCUCCAAACAGCUCCUGAGUCUGUCCUCAGAUUCUGAAUAUGCUGCCUGUGACCAAGAUACACACUGUGGCCUCCUGAGUGGAGUAGAUCAGCCACAAGGUGUCAGCAUGACUUGUAGAAUUGCGUUAUUUUAUGAUCUUCUCUUCCUGCUCGUCAAAAUAAACAGAUUUAAAGACAAGACCCAGCAGUCUGGGUUGGUACCCCUGUGAAAUAUGUCUUUAUUUCUUGGCAUUAGAAAGCUGUUUUUAACUCAAGUCAUGGUUUAGAGUUGAAGUAAAUGGAUACCUGUUAGAAUUUUCCAUCGUAGAUCUUUUGAAGAAAAAAGUUUUGAUUUUUUUCUUUUUUUUGCUCUUAACAUGCACCCCAUAGUGUAAAUACUAAUACUCCAGGUAAAAAGAAAGCCUGUAAAAUUGUCACCUGGAGGCCUCUUUAGAAGUAACUGACUUAUCUGUGAAGAAGUGUCCAGCACUGCCCUCCCACACCCCAAUCCCCAUGCAAUUCCUGUGAGAGAGACUUAACUCCUCAGUGAAUUACCCCUUCAGAACUUCUCUUUGAAUCAAACAGACAAGGUGCAGUUGAAAAGCUGCACAUGUUCAGUGGCAAGCCCUGGCUCCAUCAGUUUUGAAGUACCUAGCACUUAGAUGUAGUUUUCAACUCAGAAGCAAGGAACUGGGCUGGUUUGGAUUUACUGGGAAAGUUGCCGACAUAAGCAACUGACUCCUUUUAUCUUUUUUUCUGUUGCAGAAACCUUACACAAAAGAGAGUUGUUUUCUUUUUGUUCAUGUGUUUGCUUUGGUCUCAGCCUACUUAUGCCAUGUUUAUAUUGACUGGUGACCUUGAGACUCCUUGAAGGCAGACUGGCCUUGACUUGUGUGUGCAUUGUACAUUCACUGAGCACCUUUUGUCAAUGGUGCUUGUCUUGACCAAAGAUUCAGGCCCUGCCUUCUUAAAACUCACAUCAUUCAUAUUUAAAUUCACAGUUGCUGACACCGUAUAUGUGUGGGUAAAAGCGUCAUGAGCUCCUCUGGGCAGCUGGAUGUAUGGAGUUUGAAGUGUACCCCAUCUUUAAGGCAUCCACAGGUAGAAGCAAUGGCAGCCCCAUUAAGGGCAUAAAACAAACACCCUGAGACCAUUAGUACCCAGCAUAGGUUGGAGGCUGAAAGUGUCUUUCGCUUUUGCCUAAUAUUUUCUUUUACUGACUUGGAAAAUGUUUAAUUUUUAUAAGUAUCUUCUGGCAUUUCUAAAAUGCCACCAAUAAAGAUAAUCACCAUUCUCAAGCUGAGCACCUGCCUGUGGAGGACUUGACUAGCCAAGGCAUCCGUAGCUACAGAGAAUCAUGUUGAGAAAUGCAGCACAAGAGUAAGAAGGAAACAGCCCUUCCUUUCUGGGAACUGCGACUUCUCGGUGGAAAGGAAUGUGCAGAACUCCCCACAGACAGCUUUUCUAGCCAACCAGGUCAAGCAUGAGUGCAUCUUCUUUUCUGGCAGGCUCCCCAUAGUCAGAAGAGUGACUGUGGUUCUUGGGGAAAAGGGUCUGUCUGAACAGGACCUUUUCUUGGAUCCAUAAAUUCAUGGCUAAAAUCAUCUUCCUGGCUCCCAUCAGAAAAAAAGUACAGCAUUAAACCAAGCCAAGCAGCUCGAAUGUAUAAUGCGGACCCAACUCAGAGGGAGAACUCAACACUCACAGAUCCAUUCCUCCUUCUCAUCUUGUAAAUGCCUGCAAGUUCUCCCUUCCUUAAGUUGAGCUGCUCGACUUUAUGAACUGUGAAAUGUACACUUACACUCUCUCAACCCACAUACACCAUUCAAGUUUAUGAAGUUGUAGCAAACUGCCCAUUUGGCUAAAUUGCAGUGUUUAUUCUUGUCUCCUGCAGAAAUGCAACAAUCUCAUGGGAAAUAUAUGACAGUCCAUCCCAGCUGACUUCAGACCCCUCACCCACAUUCCAGGACAACCUGCACAUCCCUGGUCACCUCCCUGAGAAGUUCAGGGCAUGGGUGUGAAUGGAUAGGGAGUCCCUCAUCUUCCAAACACUUAGGGUAGCAAGUCGCUGCUCCUCAUGCCUAACAAGCAUGAAAUUAACAUUUUAAUAACAAACUGGAAUACAAACUAGUUCUCCAAAGAACCUAGCAAACUGUUCAAAGGAAAUUUUAGUUUCAGCCUACUAGAAAAUUUCAGUCUGCAUUUGGACACACAGGCUUUCAGAAACAUGUCCAUUCCAUCAACUCCCACUAUUUCUCUAGUAAUCUAAAGGCUAAUACAAGAAUAAAAAGCCCAGAGUGCAAAUGAUGGAAAGUAGGACUUUGAUACAAUGGAGUUAUAAUACAGUGGGAUUCUUAUGGCCACAUCAUGUUAAAUCACAUCAUUAGUCUUCAAAAAACUUGGUGUUUUAAAAUUUGUCUCAUUGUGAUAGCCAGGGAAAAGGAUUAAACAUGAUUUCAAUUAAAAUUAUAUAUAAGUGUUUUCUGUAAUUCUGCUGCUCUAAUUUCUAGGCUAUGAGUUUUAUAAUAGAGCUUAUCAGAUGGCAAAUUUCCUUUGUUUACAAUCUCAUGUAGUAGGGUUCAGAUAAUUUCUUAGCUCUAAGCUUUUUCUCCCAUUUUCAUAACUAAGUUCCAUUUAAAAUACUGUUUCAGUUAAAUCUCAAAAUUGAACUCAAGAAUUUCGGUAGCUCUCCUUAAAUAGAAAUGGUGUAUUCUUUUCAAAGAAUGUUGUAACCAUCUUUAUAAUUUCUCCACUUCGAAAACUUGAGUUGUUAACUACAAAUUAACAGUUGUGUUGCUUUCCAGAGAAUUAUCUAAUGUGCCCAAUGUGUACCUCAAGAUAAACAUGGUAUGUUAUGUCUAAAAAAAAAGUCAUUGUCUGUUGAUUUAAAUGGUUCUGAAAUGUCUAUAAAUAAAGAAAUUAUCAAAGUUG